CUACAGCAUAACAUCACCAGGAUGCGCUCACCUCAACCCCACACCCGCCCACACCGUAACCUCUCCUCCUUCAUCGACAGCAUCAUCCUCUUCCCCAUCCACACCCUCUUGCCCUUCGAGGAAGACUGCUGCAUCUGCCUCAGUCCCUAUUACACACCUAUCUUUGAUGAUGCCCCGGGUGCUGACGACGACCCCAUGUACGCCUUCGAAGAGCCCAUUCGGCUCGCCUGCGGCCACGUGUUUGGUAGCCGGUGUAUUAUGCGUUGGGUACUGGGCUUGGGGAUGGGUAUGGGUAAGGAAAAAGGGAAGAAUAACACGUGUCCGUGCUGUAGGGCCGUGUUAUUCAUGAAGGAAGUGGAUGACGAGGAGGAGGAGAUGGGCGGCCAUGUAGAUGCUGUGGGCGGCGCGGAGCAGUGGGAUCACAGUGCGGGUGAUUUUGGACACCGUGGUGGUGUAGUUGAUCAUGUUGUUUUCGGCCCUGGCGGCAGUGGUUAUGGAGAUGGGAAUGGUGGGGAGGUGGGUAUGGCGGAGUUGGAGGACGUAGGACCGGGGGCUGAAGAUUUGGGGAUUGCCGAUGAGGAGGAGGAGGAGGAGGACGAGGACGAGGAUGUGGACGAAGAUAGGACUGUGGGUGAGGAAGACUCGUAUCCAAUUGGAUAUGCGUUUGAGGACGACGAUGAGGAUGGAGGGGACGAAGAUGUGGACGACAACACAGACAGCAGCCCAUCCCAUCCACGCUCCACCCUCAACAUCCUCGCUCCCCUUUUACCCACCCGCCGCAUUUUGUCCUCCUCCUCCGGCUCUGUCCAAGCCUCUGCCACCCACACAGCCAUCCCCAUCCGCUCAUAUCCAUCUCCUCCCCUCCCACCCCAUCAAACGCUCCCAUCCCAUCAAACCCGCCUCUUCCACCUUCCCACUCGCCCUUACACCCGCCCAUACACUCGUCCAUACACUCCCUCCCUCAACGCUCGCACCCAUCAUAUCCCUGCCCCUCUCCCUCGCCCUGCCCGUCCUCCCUCACCAUCCCCUCCCACACUGCCUACACUCCUUACCCCUUACAAACGCCCCCACCUCCUCCAUCUCGACUUCGACACCGCCCUCGAGAAAGCCAUCACCGCCUGUCUACGCACGAGCGCGGAGCUCGAGACGCGGCAUGACGAGUGGAUGCGUGAGAGUGUUGGGUUGGGUAGCAGUCUUAGUGUCCCCUGUCGGUAG